AUGCUUGGACGAGCACAGCCGCCACUCAGGGUCUCAAGCUAUCCGCCGACGGCACGUUACGACACUAAAUUAUCCUCCGUGCAUGAUGAAAGCUUUCGGAUGCUUGGUCGGUACACAGCUCGGUGCCUACAGCGAAUGGAUAGGAUGGUCACAUUUGCAGGCGGACCAGCUCCAGACCAGUCGUCCUACCCCGGAGGACCCCAAUCCUCGUACCCCGGUGGACCACAGUCUUCAUAUCCUGGGGGACCCCAAUCAUCGUAUGGCGGUGAACAGCGAUCUUCGUACCCGGGUGACCCGCUCUCGUCGUCAUCAUCCUCGGGCGGGUACCAGUCGCCCUACUCCGCGGGACCUCAAUCGUCGUACAACGGCGCUCCCGGCUAUGAUUCGAAUCAGCAAGGCUACAACUCGAAUUAUGGUCCACCUCAGAACGCUAACUACUCCCCCUCGCCAUACGGCAAUUCGUCGUCACCUUCGCCGUACGGUAACCAGCCGCAACACCAGCAGCAACAGCAGCAGGGUCCACAACAGUACGACGAGCAUGGCAACCCCGUCGACGGCGAACGAGGACUCGGAACAAUGGCUAUGGGUGCAGCUGCGGGCUUCGCAGGGAACAAGAUUUCGGGUGGCCACAUGGGAACGGGUUCGUCCAUGUUGAGUGGAGCGAUCUUGGCACAAGUGGGAAAGAUGGUGUACGAGAAGAUGGACAAGAACAAGCACCACAACAACGGCGGCGGAUACGGCGGCAAUCCGUACGGACCUCCCGGCGGUCAUAACCAAGGUGGCAAGCCAGGUGGCUUUGGUGGCUUCUUCAAGUGA